CCCUUUCACACGGCGGGGUCAGGACACACACACCCACACUGUUACAGUUGCACUCAGUCCCGGCUCACACGGGCGCCACUGCUCUGCUUUCACUGUGUGGACUAGAGGAGGGUUCAGGCCAGUGCACUGCCCCUCAGCCGGAACAACGAGGAAACGAGGAGCCACGAGGCUAGCUGACCUCCCCCUGCCACUCACACACACACACACACACUGUUACCUCACACACUCCUGUUGAGUGAGUCGGAGAAAGAGAAGGGGAGAGAGAGACUACUGGGUGGAGAGAAAGAGUAUCGGACACAGAUAAUUACACAAGUCUGGUGGCACCGCGAUCCAUCUGAGGUGACGUGUCGUGGACGGGAAGAAAGUACGAGGUAAAGGAAGAGUCAUUUGAAGACUGUUAGCUGCAUAACGUAAAAAGGAAGGGGAACUUUAAAGAAAGUCUUGUUCGAGUGGGAGGAAGAAGAAGUUGAGUACAAAAAGACAUCUCUCUGUCUGGCAGCCAUGUGAUCUGGCUGUGCUGGGCUCAUGUUCUAAUCAUGAGAGCAAGAGGACUCACUCUGUGAUCUCCCCAGGCCUGGAUGAGUCAGUCAGUCAGUGGGUUAGUCAGUCAGUCAGUCUGUCAGUCGGUAAGCACCCUAAGCACACAGGAGAAAGGACAUCAACCCUCCGGUCUACACACAGAGAAAGUGACUUGUGUGGUUUAGUGUGUCCCCUGUCCAGUCGAGAGUUCUAGAAACACACAGAGGACAGGACAACGUUGUGGAUUACUGCUGUGGGGAGGGGGGAUGCAGAGUAUGGCCGCCGAGGUCCACCUGGAGCGGCAGAGGAGGUCUGACCUACGGAGAGCCUCAACCUCAGCCUCCACCUCGGCCAAUUUGACCGCUCCUCCCAGGGUUCCCACGGUGAUGCUGACCAGUCACAGGGGGACGCUGUGCAGACGGAACCCUCACAGGCUGGAAUCUGGCAACCCUAACCUGGCAACCAGGAGCCACCGCACAGCCAACCAAGGUAGCACAGAAAAGAAGGUUGGAACGAUGCCCGAUUCACCUGCUGAUGUCAAAACCCAGCCCAGGUUGACUCCGCCCACAAUGCCACCUCCACCCCCGGCCGUCAGCCAGGCACCCAAUCGCAACGCUUCAUCACACCCCACCACCAUGCUGAACGGGAGCAGUCACUCGAGUCACUCGCCCACUUCGCUCAACGGGGCGCCCUCUACACCCAACGGCUUCAGCAACGGCCCCGCCAUGUCGUCCACCGCCUCCCUGUCCAAUCAGCAGCUGCCGCCGGCCUGUGGCGCCCGCCAGCUCUGCAAGCUCAAGCGCUUCCUCACCACGCUGCAGCAGUUCGGCAACGACAUCUCGCCCGAGAUCGGAGAGCGAGUCCGCAGUCUGGUGCUGGGCCUGGUGAAUUCCACCCUGACCAUAGAAGAGUUCCACUCCAAACUCCAGGAGGCUACCAACUUCCCGCUGCGUCCCUUUGUCAUUCCAUUCCUCAAGGCGAACCUGCCCCUGCUUCAGAGGGAGCUCCUCCACUGUGCACGGAUGGCCAAGCAGACACCCGCCCAGUAUCUGGCCCAGCAUGAGCAGCUGCUGCUGGACGCCAACGCCAGCUCACCCCUGGACUCCUCUGAGAUCAUGAUGGAGAUCAACGAGCAUGGCAAGAGGAGGACCCCCGACAGGACCAAAGACUCAGAGAGAGACGGGCACCACCCGGAGCACCUGGCCAAGCGGCCCUGCACCAUCAGCCCCAGCCAGCGCUUCAGUCCCAGCACUGGCCUGCCAGCCCACCCACCCCCCAACGGCCUGCCCACGCACCCCCCCAACGGCCUGUCUCACCCCAACCCCCCUGCCCCCCAACACUACCGGCUGGAGGACAUGGCCCUGGCCCACCACUACCGCGACGCCUACCGCCACACAGCAGAGCACCGCGAGGCUCGGGACAGGCACCGGCAGACAGCCGUGCAUGGAGCACGUCAGGAGGAAGUGAUCGAUCACCGCCUGACAGAUCGGGAGUGGGCCGAGGAGUGGAAGCACCUCGAUAAUCUGCUCAACUGCAUCAUGGACAUGGUGGAGAAGACACGGCGGUCUCUCACGGUGCUGCGGCGUUGCCAGGAGGCCGACCGCGAGGAGAUGAACCACUGGAUCCGACGCUACAGCGACGUGGAAGAUAUGAAAAAAGGUGGGAGCAACGGCCAGCCACGCCCUCCUCCUCCUCUACCUCCUCACAACUCCUCCUCCAACACUCCUAACAACGUCGAGACACAGCAGCCCAUAGAGAUUCAUAGGGACUUCCUGCACAGACCUGCGUCUGGCUACCUACCUGAGGAGAUCUGGAGGAAGGUUGGUGCUACAAGUAUCCCACUCUCCCCAGCACUGAAGCAACUCCAAAACAAGCAGGAGGAGGCAGUGAACGAGGUGAAGAGGCAGGCCAUGUCGGAGCUACAGAAGGCUGUGUCAGACGCUGAGAGGAAGGCCCAUGAGAUGAUCUCCGCUGAGAGGUCCAAGAUGGAGAGAGCGCUGGCCGAGGCCAGGAAACAGGCCUCUGAGGAUGCACUGACCGUCAUCAACCAGCAGGAGGACUCCAGCGAAAGCUGCUGGAACUGUGGACGCAAGGCCAGUGAGACGUGCAGCGGCUGCAACACGGCACGCUACUGCGGCUCCUUCUGCCAGCACAAAGACUGGGAGAAGCACCACCACGUCUGUGGCCAGGGUCUACAGGGCCUCCCCGGGGGCAGCAGUGUUCCUCUGGGCACCCCCUCCUCCAGCGCACCCCCUACACACUCAGAGAGCACCCCCCCUGGUCCACUCUCCCUGCCCGGCCAGACCAGCGGUGGUGGGGGAGGCAGUCUCUCCGGGAGUCCUAAGGAGGCUAGCUCCAGCAGUGCCUCACGCUCCACUACCCCAGCGACCCCUGCACUGCUGGAGGCCACCUCUCGCUGACCCCGCCCUGCCACGCCCAGUCACUCCCACUGACGCUACAGUACAGCUGCCAUCCAUCCUUAACAAACAGAGGAAUCUCCAUCGAUCCGCGCCCUUUCCUUCUUCUGUACUGCAUCUGUAGUGGUCCAUGAAUACUGCACCGCCGACUACUUCUUAGCUACCUGAAGGCCUUGUUUUCUCAACUCCUCAACCUCCCCCCAAAACACGCUCUGACUGUCUCUCAGCCGCACAGACUUUCUCCCUGUCAAACUCGAAAACUGGUCAAGGGGUCCACUGUUGUGUUUAGCAUGGCUAGGGCUUACUUUACUGUAUGCUCAAAAUAAACCAAUGCAGAGGCAGAACUCCCUCUCUUAAAGUCAAAUUACAACAACAAAAAACACCAUACUUGGUUAUUGAACUCUGAUAAUAUCGUGUGAAGAUAAGCUUUGUUAUAUGCCAGACCAACACGUGGCCUCAGUGACAUAAGCCCAGUCAAUGCUGUGUAUGUCGGGGGCUUGCAUUGCAUGGGACUCGUUAUGGUACCACACGUAUUGUGAAGAAGAGAUAUCUAAAUUUAGCACUUGGAGAGGAUUUCCCUUUAACGCAGCAGGAGUGGGAUGACUCUUAACCCCCAGCAUGUGCACUAACAGCCCAGACCUCUGAGAGAUAGAUAGAUAGAUGCGUCUAUAGAACAGGCUCCUCUGUGUACUGGGCCAUGGACAUGUCCUGAUUCAGGUCCCCUAUCUAAGAAGCCAGACACCAGUCAGGAAACCCCUCUUCUGAUGGAGGAGAGGGGAUAAGAUACACUCAUGGUGCGAUUUAUUCCUCAGAAGCUCUUCCAUAAUACGGCUAAUUAUUUAUCCAAUGAUUUAUUUUGGGGCUUUUAGGAAGACAAAGAAAAGUCCAAAUAUUCAAAACAAAUAAUAAUGAUUUUAAAAAAAGUUAACUACCUUGCUAGCGAGCCAAGAAAAUGACACCGGACUCACCUCUCUGUACCGAUGUGAACCCAAAUGAAUUCAAAGAGGAAGGGAAAAAACAUGAUCCAAACCUUUUUAUUACACUGCCAAAGUUACUAAGAGACAAGGAGAAGCACUCAUCUUGUGUAACCAAACGCAAGCAACUUCACCUCCUCAGCAGCAAAGCCCUGGGAGAUAAAGGCGAUAGAGCAACAAGUCACACAAAAACUCUAUAUUGAGUGUACACAAAAACUCUAUAUUGAGUGUACACAAAAACUCUAUAUUGAGUGUACUGGCCUCUGUCAGCCUGAAAAUACCCACAGUGAUCCACAGAGAGAGAAAUCCAGAGCAAGCAUUUGGAAACGCCUGCCACAAAAGACAAUUGAAAUGGAAGGACCAACCACUGAAUGUGACAGUGAUUUAUGUGAAUGGCAACGGAAUGGACAAAGAAGCAGCUACUCAAAAAGAAGAUGAAAGGCAUUGGAACUGCCAAAAAUAACCUAAAAAAAACUGAGAACCUGUCCAAGCAAGCAUUGUACAGUACGGAUAAGACUUUUAUUCCUAAUUAUGUUUUUUAGCUCUAUCAAGAGGAUACAUUUCAGUGAGUCGUACAUUUUCACCCGCCUUUUCCAAAGCAUGACAAACAGACUAACGAGCCUCAUAAGUGGUGUAGACUCAGUUCUCUUCUCUCUCUCUUUCUACCUCCCCCCCCCCCCCCCCCCCCCCCCCACACACUUUCCUGUAUGUUCCUCCCUAAAACUCUCUUGUCCCUCAGUCAACCCUACCCCCUUUGGACAUAACCUCUGAGCAGAUAUCUGGGAAGGGAUCAAACCUGCUUGUAGAUAUUCCUUUCUUUGUUUCUCGCAACAACAAAAAAUGGUCUCUGUAUCUGGUGUCCACCUGUGCUGCCCUUGUGCAUUUUCAGAAAGAGGGACUUUUCUUCUUUUUAAGUUUGGGCUGAACAUUGAAGCAGGAGCUAAGACACUCUAGGACAGAAAACCCCAUGUUGUACUUAUUGUUCAAUUUGUUGUAUCUUUAUCAAUGAAAAGAAAAUCCUCUUGUAGAAUAUUUUAUAUUGCUCGCAUUGUAAGACAGUGAGAGGACAGAGAUGCAAUAGGAAGAGAAUUCAGCUACUGAAUGAAACCUCAGCAACUUCCCAUAGGGGGUCAUAUAAUAUAGAUACAUAUAAAUAUAUUUAAAAUAACAUCAGUAACUUAAUGUGAAUGUACAUAGUAUUUAAAGAGGUCCAAAAAUGUGUUUGCCAAAUAACAGAAACCUUUAAAGUAAUGUACAAUGUCCAGAAUAUGAUUUCUUUCCAGUUCAUUUUUUAAUCAAAGGCAUUUUCAUUUCUCAUAAAUCCUUCUUUUCUACCAGAUUAGCAAAGUCUGCUGAGUGCGUAAUCUCAAAAAGAUGUUAUGAGGAGGGAUGUUGGCAGCGAUAGUGGUUUUCUUCUGGAGUCACAGUUCUUAUAGCUCCCCCUAUAAUUGAUGGCAGCGUACACCUCUGACUCCCUUCAGGAGGAGCCAGCUAUAGCUCUCAUGACAGGCCCAAGAGGAUGGUUUUAAAGAGGAGAAAGAGAGGCUUAUCACACAUGGAUUCUAAAAGCGUCCUAGCAUGAGGCUAAAUUACUCCACUACUCUGGAUAUUGGAUUUAAAACGCAAGGAUUUAUGCCCAAAAAGUUAUCUGUGAAACAUUGCCAUCCAUUGGGCUGAAGUGCCACUGCAGUGGGCCACCUUUUACACUAAAAACCGUGUGAGCUGCCCCCAAAACAAAGCCUACACAAUGGUCUGGAAGUCUGAAGCUUAACCUAACCGUGAUACUGCCCAAUCCUUUCACUGGUUAUUUUUUCUUACCCUGUCCAUAGAUUCAUUUGUGAAGAUGCAUUUAUCCUCAUGUAGGGUUAGGAUCCUAGCAAGGCAAAAAGGACUCAGAACCUGGGAGAGUUAGAACAGAUGUCUUCACAAUCACAGACUAACAGGGAGGAAUGCCAUCUCAUACAGUAAUGUCAUCACAAGCUAUAUUGAAGUUAAAACAUCAUUAAGUUAUAAUUACACACUCAAAUGGCUUUCAAACAUAGCAUUAAAUAAGGACUGUACCUGCCAUGUUCAUAUGAAUGAUAUAAUAAUCCCGAACCAAUUGGCCACAUAACUCUAAAAUGGACCAAACUUGAAGGAGCUUUUGUGUUGUUUUAUCUUGUACUGUUAAAAGUAUGGUCUGCCAGGCUCUUUCGCAUUUAAAACCUAGAGUGACAUAUUGACGGAGAAACGAUUGGACGUCUAUUAGCGUUGACAGUGUGUUUAAUUUAUCACAUGAUCUAUUUUCCUAUAUGUCAGUAUCGAAAAGUAAUAUAUAAAUCGUUCAAGUGUGAUAAGCUGCGAGGUACCCUGCAUCUGCGUGUAUAUGUGUGUCGUAUGUUAUUACCGGUGUAUUGAAAUGACUUCAGCCUGUUUGUGUUUCUAAACCUCUUCAGCCCUCUGCUCUUUAACCCCCACCUGAACAUCCCUCCUGUCUCCUGACCCACCACAAGCUACCUCCUGUGACCCUGCAGCACAUGACUGGGAGAGGUCACUGAGCUUUGGGAGCAGGGCUGCAAGCAGACAUGCAAACUCACACAAACAUCAGAGCAAAUAGGAAACAAACCCGAAAGAUCUAAUACUGAUAACUUUACGAUGUGUAUAUUUUCGCACCUCAACUCUGUCAGUCAGAAAUAGUGAUCAAAGGAGGAACACUCAGAUGAUUUUGAUUCGAGACUCUCUGCGUAUACUACACUGUCCAGGGUUCGAUAUAGAGGAAUUCCUUCCAUACCCAAGCUGAACAUUAAACCAUUACAUUUGUAGUCCAAAACAAAUAAAGCACAGACCAAAGUAUUUCUGCACGGCGGUGGAUUUUGAAAUUGUGUCGAGUAAAAGACCAGAAAUAAGGAGGCUUGAGGCCAACUAUACCUGUUAACCAAAGUGUCUGAAAUAAACACAUGCUCAAAGCACAAGACAAAAACAAACAACCAACGCAUCUGUGAAGGUGGAGAUUUGUAGAUCAUUUAUUCAAGCAAUCAAAGCGCUUGUUUCUACAUAUCUAAUGCCUCAGAUAAGACUACAGAAACAUCUCUGGAAUGCGUAAUGAUUGCUUUGAGUUUUCUUCCUAAGCCUUGCUUACAGACGUAAUAAUUGCAUGGUGUGUGUGUGUGUGUGUACUUGUUUUUCUCUUUUCACAGUUUCUCUGUACAAACUACUUGAACCUUCAGAGCUUUAAUGAAACAUCUCAGUCAGAAUAAUGGCAGAGAAUUCUAAAGAUGUAGCAGUGCACUGAGAGGGAAAGACAGAGUGAACUCACCCACCAUAUUAUCCACAACAUUACCGUAGGUUUUGACGACAUUUCAAUACACAUUAUCCUUUAAUGCUCUCUGUGUGCUUUGCUUGUCUGCGAAUCAACCCUGAAACACAAUAACUCUUUAAUUUGUCACAACUUGUGGCAAAUACUAUUUUUAUUGACCAAAAAAAAAAUAUGUUUGUAAUAUCAAUCACACCAUCUCUCUCUUUCUCCGCUGUCCCUUUUUAAGCCCAGCAUUGGGGCACAUGUUAUUUGGGCAGGUCUGUACAGUGGUUGGUGCUGUCGAACAUUUGGCCAUGUAAGCUGUCACUGAAAGGACAUCUGAAGUAGAGGUAGCAUGCUGAGCUCCUGUUCUCUCCCACUGGAGAAAAGGUUUAACUAAUUCUCUUUUUCUAUGACCAGACAAGAGAAACAAGGUUCCUAAAGUGGUAUGGGCUCUGAGGAAAGGAUUCAUGUUCUGGACAUGGAAUAAUGGAAGACCAACUGUGUGUGGAGCGUUCUAUUUCAUUCAUUCCCUGUGAUGUCAUAAUGGGGUAAUAGGAGGACUGUUCCUGCCUCUGAUGUGAAAUCUACAAUGCCUGGAGGUCUCCACCGCUUAUAUAUAGAUAAAGACUGUCAUUUAUUCACAUAUACAGACCACUUUAUUAUCUCUUUAGGUUUUUAAUAAGGCAUACAUGAAGAGGGCAAAUUCUGUGUUUUCGAUGGCAAAUACUAGCAUGUUGGCAUCAGCCUCUCCCUAACCAUUUACCACCAAUCUAUCAAUGGAGUUUCUUGGCUCAUCUGAUUUCAGUGAUUGAUUGCCCUGUGAAGCCCGCACUGAUACAAAGCUGAGAUGGCAAAAGUUGAUACAGCACUUGGUCUCCCCAAGUUAUGGUAGGGAUGAAAGUGUUUUUAUUCGUUUUUUUUUUACAUUAUUAUUUCACGACAAACAAAGACUUGGUUUUAUAUGUGUAGGGAAGCAUUAUAUACUGUAUUGUGCAAUACAUUAUUACAGAAAAAAAAAGUUUCUGUUUGAAAGGUUGGCGCUUUGAAGAAAAAAUUAUUUUCCUCUUUAAGAGUCCUAUUACCAUUCUUUAGAUGAAGUGAACUGUGCCAGAAUAAUUUAAUUCUGAUUUUUAUUUAUUUAUUGCAUGCUUUCCUUCCCUUUUUGCUAUUCCCCUUCUUUAACUGUGCGCUAUGUUGGAUGUGUGAAGCUGUAAACAUUCUAAUUCAGGUUAUCGUCUGUGUUGAGCUAUGUAACUGCGUAAUUAAAAAUGAAAUGAAAUAUCAA